AAAAUUGUAUUAUCGGGAGAACUAGGCGGAGCACGAAUGCACAUUUAUAUUUUGCACAUUGUCCUAUCAAUUCCGAUCAUAUAAAACAGCUGAACCAAAUAUCAAAUCAAUAGCAGACAAAGCGCCACUGGAACGGAGUCGGGUCAGACUUGAUGAAUUGUUUGGGCUAAAAUAUAAUUCAACCCUAAAAUGGAUCCUUGUAAUUGCUCAAAAACUGGAAGCUGCAGUUGCGGUGGACUCUGCAAGUGUACAAACUGCGAAUGUGCCAAGAAAAUGCAAUCUGUCGAAGCAAAGCGACGCAAACGGAUGGAGCUAGAGUAAUGUAUACUUGGACUGCGCUAUUGGAUGUUGUUGUUCCUGCUGCCCGACUGGAUGCAGCAAGUGCGCCUCUGGUUGCGUGUGCAAGGAGGGCAAGACGUGUGACACAAGCUGCUGUCAGUGAUGACAUGACACUCCAUUGUCCUCUACCCGUGCACAUGACAUUAUCCCUGUUGUACGACAGCGCAUUGUGAUAAAUUGCAGCUCCAAUUUAGCUGUCUUCAAUCAUGUGAAACUGUCUCCUUGCUUUUUAGUGAGCACUAUUGUGAAUUCCAGUGACAUUACCCUUUCCUUUGAAAUGUAAAUGUCUGGCUAAGUAAAAAUGUGAUCUGUGACUGUAGUGGGUACCACCUGGGGCCAAAAUCAGGCCCUUGCUGGUAUAGGGGAUUACAUGUCUUCCUUAAUCAGUGGUGCCAUAAAAUGUAAUAUUUUUCAUAGGACAUGGGGCAGGAUCAAUCAUCAGUGAUUCCAGUUUUCUGGCUUCAAUCUAGACAUUUGUUAAGUGUUCUAUUGCCUCACACGGGCAGCCUAAUUCUGAUAUUUUUUUCAAUAAUUGGUCUUUUAUGACAAUCACAUUUCAGGGGUGACUCAUUGGUAGGAAGAAAUAUCAAAAUUGGUCUGCCUGUGUAAAUUCAUUUUAAUAGGCUAACAUCGUAAUAUUGGCUUUGUAUUUAACCCAAGCGUAUAGGCUUAAUCAAGGUCUAGAGAACUUGCGCACAACUUCAGUAUAGUUGGCAUGGGCUCGAUCUACAAUGAUUUUUACCUUAAGCCUGGGUAGUUACAAGCUUCCACUGAUGGGUUAUCCCCUCGGUGUCCUGUGCAAGCCACCCAGCAUGUGUGUGUGUGUAAGGGCACACUUCCCCAAGACCAUGAAGGACCACUUCUUACACCAAUGUGGUAGAUGGCCGAGAUGGGGUCCUUUACCCAUGGAUUCUGUCGAUGUAACGGUGUUGUUUUUUUGAGAGGGUUAUACAUUUAUGUAACGUGAAAGUUAAACUGAAAUUUAUAAAUAACGACUGUCCAUUCAAGCAACUGAAACCCAACCUACUAUGACCAUGUACAACCAACAGUAUUACUAGAACUAUAGUACAUCCUCUCCCUAUUUGACAAAUGGCCUGUGAGAGAUUUCGUAACUGGCGUAAAAUUGACCUUGGCACUAGCCAAUGAAAAACAACGGAUAUGGCCCUAGUUCGGUUUCACUGUAGCAGUGCUACUCGCAUACCUCAGUGGUUGUUCGCCCAACUUCUGAUACGAGAAUAACAAACAUUUCAACAAAAAAAAAUCUUCCCUCGGGUCAGUCGUUUUGCUGUGGGAACUAGCUAAUUUGAUUACAUUUGCAGCGUUGAAUCAACGAGGCAACAACAAGAAAUUGUGCUGUGUUUCGGCGGAUCAGCUAGCUACGUAACGUUAGCUGACUCGACAUCUGACAUAGCCAGCUAGCGGCUAGCUAGCAACCACUACGGAUACAAUCUAGCUAACGGCUUUCGUUAUCAAAUACUCCCAGCAUGCUGAUGGUGGGAGGCGAUGGAAGGAUGCAGUAAAAUGAGUGUGAUGGAGCUGUGUGAGACGGAUGAUCUGGCCACCAGCUUGGUGCUGGACCCCUUGCUGGGGUUCAGCACCCAUAAAAUGAACGUCAGUCCCCCCCCAGAGGUCCGUCGUUGGGGCUACCUCAAAGAGACUCUGCUACGCUUCCAACGCACACAUGACUUACAGGCCACCUUUGAGGCCCUCACAGUGGGAGACUGGGCCUGUGACUACUUCACUGGACUGGGAACACACCGUCUGGAACUACUGAAACAGCAUGUGUAUCGCUACCUCUGUGCCUUCCUGUUGGAUAGUGGUGUCCAGAUUGAGUCAUGUGACCGAUACUCUUCAGAAACCAACGGAGCAAAGAUAACCUCUACCAAGCACUGGUUUGUAGGUGAGCGGAUGGAGGUUCUGUUGGGUUGUAUAGCCGAGCUGAGUCCAGCAGACAGUGCUGUUCUGAGAGCAGGGGUGAAUGACUUUAGUGUGAUGUACUCCACUCGUAAGCGCUGUGCACAACUCUGGCUUGGGCCUGCGGCUUUCAUCAACCACGACUGCAGACCAAACUGUAAGUUUGUUCCUGGUGAUAAGAAUGGAGGCUGUGUAAAAGUGGUGAGGCCCAUCGCACCUGGGGAGGAGAUCACCUGUUACUAUGGCGACAGCUUUUUUGGAGAAGACAAUGAAAUGUGUGAAUGCUGCACCUGUGAGAGAAAAGGAGAGGGUCACUUCCGACACAGAGAGCAGCCUGGUUGUGAUGACUCUAAUGACCUGUCUGGACAGAAGUACCGCCUCAGAGACACAGACCUUCGUCUUAACAGAGGAAAGCACCCUGUCCUCCUACAUUUCGGCCUACAUUUACAUUUUCAAGUUCAGCUAUCCCUUCAAGGAAUUCAUUUACCCAGCAGAUGAAGAGAAAUGCUCUGAUGAUGAGCAGGAAGACCAAAAGGUUGAAACAGGAGGGGCAAAGGAGGAUAUCGGGAAUGAAGCAGCAACAGCUGAUAAUGCCAUCCCUAUCAGAGGUGGUGUUGAGGGACCUUCGGGUCCG